AUGCCUUCGCAUGCACUUCCGAAGGCAUCGUUCGGCAAGCUUGAGGUAUCAGGCGAAGGCGAGACUAAGGUGGGAACUAUCGUGGAGGAUAGGGCUGGGACCAGAGUCAUGUCGCCUUCGAUCUCCUCCCCUAUCCAUCCUAUCCCUCUCAUAAUUAUGCGAGGCGAGACGGUUGGCCUAACCGUCCGUUCCACCCUCGCAACCGCGUGGUUAAAGCCAAUAUUAAGGCCAGAAAUGUGCCUGUUCAAGGCUCCGUUGGCCGACGAACGAUAUGUCCGUAUCCUGACAAAGGCGCUGACAUCCAGCAAUGAUACGAUCAACUGGGAUUCCUCUCUUGUACUUCCUAAAUUGCACACGAUAACUCGGGGACAUCCAGUCCAUGUGGAGAUGGACCAGUCUAAUACGCGGAUACAGGCGCUCACCGCACACGUUGGCAUCGUAGACCCUGCAGGGCAGGCUUCACUUUCGAGCGGUUGCGCGGUUACCGUGGAGCAAUUGUCUCUGAAUACGGCCAAGCUACACGUCGAUCAAUACCAGCAUACCACCCCCUUCCCUCCCCCCGUUGAUGCAAUAAAUGCCAAAUUUCGCGUGGCACGGAAAUUGAAGUAUGUCGAGGUGGAUACGCCAAUGACACUAACACUCCAUGUCAAGGGGGGAUCCGAAUUGACAGGAAAAUUCAGAACAGCCUUCGAUUGUGGCGCACCAACGCUCUGGAACAUGCACUGCUUGAGUUUGGGUCGUUGCCCUUCUUUCGGAGUCACAGAGUACCCAACUGGCUUGGAACGCACGUCCGAUUUAUGUUUUCGCAAAUGGAGCUCGUGUCGCGUGAACAAACCACGUUUCCUGGGUCUACCACGCCUGAUACGCUGA